CCAACAAACCUCUGAGCUUCCCCUCGCAACCCUUUGUGGCAUCACUUCUAUAAAUCCAGGGAAGGAGAUAGCCUUCAGUCUGCUGAAGAACUUCUUGGUCGAUUCCUGAAGGUCGCACUGUCGGAGAUCUAUAACCAUGCGUGAGUGUAUCUCCAUCCAUGUUGGCCAGGCUGGUGUCCAGAUGGGCAAUGCCUGCUGGGAGCUGUACUGUCUGGAACAUGGUAUCCAGCCUGAUGGACAGAUGCCCAGUGACAAGACCAUUGGAGGUGGAGAUGACUCCUUCAACACCUUCUUCAGUGAGACUGGAGCGGGGAAGCAUGUCCCACGAGCUGUCUUUGUUGACCUAGAACCAACAGUGAUUGAUGAAGUACGUGGUGGUACCUACCGGCAGUUAUUCCACCCUGAGCAGCUCAUCACCGGGAAGGAGGAUGCUGCCAACAAUUAUGCCCGUGGCCAUUACACCAUUGGCAAGGAGCUGAUUGACUUGGUCCUUGACAAACUGCGAAAGCUGGCUGACCAGUGCACAGGACUCCAGGGUUUCCUCAUCUUCCACAGCUUUGGCGGUGGCACUGGGUCUGGUUUCACUUCCCUUCUGAUGGAACGUCUCUCUGUGGAUUAUGGCAAAAAAUCCAAGUUAGAGUUUGCCAUCUACCCAGCUCCUCAGAUCUCGACUGCAGUGGUCGAACCCUACAACUCCAUCCUGACCACCCACACAACCCUUGAGCAUUCAGACUGCGCCUUCAUGGUAGACAAUGAAGCCAUCUAUGAUAUCUGUCGCAGAAACCUGGACAUUGAGCGCCCAACGUACACCAAUUUGAAUCGACUAAUAGGUCAGAUUGUGUCCUCUAUUACAGUGUCCUUGCGCUUUGAUGGUGCCUUGAAUGUUGAUCUGACAGAGUUCCAGACCAAUUUGGUACCAUACCCACGUAUCCACUUCCCCCUGGCUACCUAUGCUCCUGUAACCUCAUCUGAGAAGGCUUACCAUGAGCAACUAUCUGUGUCUGAAAUUACAAAUUCCUGCUUUGAGCCAGCAAAUCAGAUGGUGAAGUGUGACCCUCGCCAUGGCAAGUACAUGGCUUGCUGCCUGCUUUACCGGGGUGAUGUGGUACCAAAAGAUGUCAAUGCUGCCAUCGCCACCAUUAAGACCAAACGCAGCAUCCAGUUUGUCGACUGGUGCCCGACUGGCUUCAAGGUUGGCAUCAACUACCAGCCUCCCACUGUGGUGCCUGGUGGGGACCUGGCCAAGGUGCAGCGUGCGGUGUGUAUGCUGAGCAACACCACUGCCAUCGCUGAAGCUUGGGCACGUCUUGACCACAAAUUUGACCUGAUGUACGCCAAGCGCGCCUUUGUGCAUUGGUAUGUUGGGGAGGGGAUGGAGGAGGGGGAGUUCUCCGAGGCCCGGGAAGACAUGGCAGCCUUGGAGAAGGAUUAUGAGGAAGUUGGUGCAGAUAGUGUUGAGGAUCAAGGUGAAGAAGAAGAAUAUUAGGUAAUCUGAAACCAUUCCUAAUUGUUGGUUGAGGUUAAUUUGCUGGUUGGAUUCAUUCUGUACUUCAGGGGAAACAUAUGAUUUCUAAGCUUUUUUUCUGUCAAACGGAAGUUGUGCUCUUAUUGUUUAAAAUUCUGCUUUUUGUAGUAAUUUUGCUGGAUAUUGCAAUUGUAAGAAAAUGUAAAAACCUUGAACAGCGUAGAUAGAUAGUAAACAUUUGUAUCACAAAAGGAUGAGUUAUUAACCAUAUUUCAACUACAGCAAAAUAGUUGUAUAUCAUAAACAGUGGAAGUAAAUGUUGCAGUUUAAUCCAUGCUUGAACCAUAGUGAGACUUUUGACUUGUCAUCUAAUUUCUUGAAGUUUGGAUUACUCAAUCUAAUAACCUCACAUACAAGCAGGUAAUUAGACCUGCUUAUUCCAACUGCUUGUGAUGAUAGAGCUUCCCUCAUUUAUCACUACCACCACCACCCCAACUGAGCAACACAGCUAACAGUAACUGAUUGAUUGACAUAAUCCAAAAUUAUAUUCUUUAACAAAGUUUCAGUGGAAGGAAUUAUGCCUUUUUAAUGUCGUCCUGCAAUAUAAUUAGGGCCAAGUAAUUGCAAAAAGCCCACUUCAACAGAACUGUAAUUCAGGUGAUUCCCGUUGACCGCUCUGAACUAGAACACAGUAUUAGUGUAAAAUGGUAUGUGUUGUGCCAGAAUGACACAGCUUCCAACUUAAAAUGUUUUGAAAUAAUUAACCAUUCUCAAUACUUGUAAUGUUUAGAACAAAGCAUUUCAAUAAACUAAAAGUUAAAUUGAA